UCAUGCUGCUGCCAGGUCCAGAGUCUCUCAUGGGUCCCUGUACGGCCUCCCAUUGCUGCUGUCUCCAUCGCCACACUCUGCCAUGUGCCACUUUCAGGUCUCCUCACACACUGCUGGUGUGUUGAAUUUUUUUGACAUAGGGUGCUGGCAGAUUACGGGCCUCCCAUAGCUGCUGCCAGGCCCUAAUCUGCCAUGGGCCCCUAUAUACCGCCUCCUCAUGCUGCUGCCAGGUCCAGAGUCUCUCAUGGGUCCCUGUACGGCCUCCCAUUGCUGCUGUCUCCAUCGCCACACUCUGCCAUGUGCCACUUUCAGGUCUCCUCACACUGCUGGUGUGUUGAAUUUUUUGAC